GUGUGUGUGUAUGUGUGUGUGUAGAAGCAGUUGUGGGGUGAUGUUGGAGCUGUGAUUGGGGGAAAGAUUGAUAGUGAGGUUUGGAAGGACAUGCAGGCAGCCACGGUGAACCCUGACCCCAGCUUGAAGGAGUUUGAGGGAGCUACGCUCAGAUAUGCAUCGCUACGGAUCCCUCUCCCACUGGAAGAGGAGGAGUCUAACAGUGACCCUGAGGCCAAGUGUUUUGCGGUGCAGUCUCUGGGUUGGGUAGAGAUGGCAGAAGAGGACCUGUCGCCAGGGAAGAGUAGUGUUGCCGUUAACAACUGUAUCCGACAGCUAUCCUACUGCAAGAGCAACAUCAGAGACACGGUCGGCAUCUGGGGAGAGGGUCAGGACAUGUAUCUGGUUCUGGUGAACAACAUGUUGAACCUGGUUGAUCCUACGGACCGUUGUCUUGGCAACGUGCUUCAUUCUCAGCCAAUAGCAAGCAUUCGUGUCUGGGGGGUCGGCCGUGACAAUGUCAGAGAGAGGGACUUUGCGUACGUAGCGAGGGAUAAGAACACCAGGAUUCUGAAGUGUCAUGUGUUCCGUUGUGACACUCCAGCUAAAGCCAUCGCUACCAGCCUCCACCUCAUCUGCUCUAGGAUCAUGUCGGAGCGUAAGCAUGCUAAAGCGUUAUCAGGGGCGUUGUCAGGGGGCGUGUCUCUACACGACAGAAUGCAGUCAGGACUAGACCUCCCACUACAAGCAGAGUUCCCCACUCCAAAGACAGAGUUGGUCCAGAAGUUCCGGCUGCUGUAUCUGGGUAUGAAGCCAGUAGACAGACCUAUAGGUAUGGACAUAUUGAACGGGGCCAUAGACAGUCUGAUUGGUUCUUCCAGUAGAGAGGAGUGGAAAGCUGUUAACCUCAACGUGGCUGAUGCUACCCUCAUUAUCAGCAACAACCAGGAGGAGGAGGAGGUGAAGGAGGAGGUGAAGGAGGAGGUGAAGGAGGAGGUGGAGGAGGAGGUGGAGGAGGAGGUGUUGGUAGAGUGCAGGGUGAGGUUUCUGUCCUUCAUGGGGGUAGGGAGGGACAUCCACUGCUUUGCCUUCAUCAUGGACGGAGGAGGACAACGCUACGAGUGUCACGUGUUCUGGUGUGAACCCAACGCUGGACAGCUCUCUGAGGCCGUACAGGCUGCGUGCAUGUUAAGGUAUCAGAAGUGCCUGUUGGCUCACCCCCCCUCCCAGAGAUCCCUCCCCUCCUGUGGCCGUGGCUCCUCCUCCCUGGGCAGCGGCGGUGGUAACCGCGGGUAACGGCGGUGUGAAGAGAGGAGUGCUGUCCCUCAUCGACACCCUCAAACAGAAGGGACCGCUGCCCCACCAGAGUAACCACGGAAACUAAACUAACAUCGUGACUAUGACCGCACACCCCGGUAACUGGGAAAAAAAACAACGCUGCACCUUUUGCUAAUCGUGAAAAUCACUACUCUAAUCCGGUCGAACUAUGGCAGCCAAACGUAGACCUCCUCCCAUCACCUCAACACAGAACUGUCUACCAGUCGGUGAUCACCUCAACACAGAACUGUCUACCAGUCGGUGAUCACCUCAACACAGAACUGUCUACCAGCCGGUGAUCACCUCAACACAGAACUGUCUACCAGUCGGUGAUCACCUCAACACAGAACUGUCUACCAGUCGGUGAUCACCUCAACACAGAACUGUCUACCAGCCGGUGAUCACCUCAACACAGAACUGUCUACCAGCCGGUGAUCACCUCAACACAGAACUGUCUACCAGUCGGUGAUCAC